UUCAUCCAGAAAGAUAGAUGGAUUGAUGGAUGGAUGGAUGCUGUACAUGCAGAUAGAUGGAUGGAUGGAUGGAUGGAUGCUGUAUAUGCAGGUAGUGAGAUAGAUAGAUAGAUAGAUAGAUAGAUAGAUAGAUAGAUAGAUAGAUAGAUAGAUAGAUAGAUAGAUAGAUAGAUAGAUAGAUAGAUAGAUAGAUAGAUAGAUAGAUAGAUAGAUGUCGUGUUGGCAGUGGUAACAGGUUGAUCUAUAAUCUAUUAUUGCUGUACAUGCAGAUAGAUAAAUGGACAGAUGGACGGACAGACAGACAGAUAGAGUAGAUGUGUGUUGUGUUGGCAGUGGUAAAUGUGUGAUCCAGGAUCUAUUAAUUCACAGGGAAUGGGUUGGCAGCAGAUGCUAGAAGAUGAAGUAAAGUAUAUAGAGUUACUCCAGAUCAAUCUGUUGGUUUCUUUGCAGGCCAGGUCACACAGAUUCAUUAUACUCUAUAUGACCUCAAGCACAAAAAGUUACUCAGCUGUGGCUUAAGAAUAACGCGAGUGAACAGCAUGCAAGCCCAACUUCUUUUUCUUUCCCCCAAAUGAAUAAAUCAUGUUUUAACCGCAGGAUAGAACAAACAGAUCCUGGCAGCUCUGGUCGAGUAGACCGUGAAGUCCCUGAGGCGCACUAGUCACCAACACUGGCAAACGUGACACUUCUGUUUGCCAUGUGUUAAACUUUGAAGUUGACUUAGAUCUGGUAGAGACCUUCUCUGUGGUUACAGAUCUGAGUCUUUAUCCUUACAGGAGGAACAAUGUGAUUGUGGGGGAUUGGGGGCUUGUCCUCUGAGAUGAUGCCUAUUUAUUUAAACAGGGUAGAAGGGACCCACCCAUCAAAAUGUUGUUCUGGGCUCUCCUAGCAACAGACCACACCAUAGUAUACCACACCGUGCCACAAACCAUGCACCACAAUGUUUAUAAGUGCAAAAUAUAAACUUAUGUAAGCGAUUCAUUUCAGCUCACAGAUAUUAUUAAUUAUAUUGUUCGGUUCGAGUGUGGUCAGACUUUGACCUCUUGUGUUUACUUCUCCCUCUGGUGUUAAAAGCAGUCAAUUACAUUUGCUGCUUCAUUCCAUUCCAAGCCACAUCAUUUUACAAAAUGUCACUUAUUGAGGCCUAGAUGUAAAAUGAGCCUUUAUUUAUGUAUGCAAGUACACUGUGUUACAUCAAAAUAACUAAAAUAAUAGUAAAUAUGUGACACAGUCAAUGAAAAUCCAACUAAAGACGUUUUUGUGAUUUAGCCAAUUUAACUCUGUGGAUCCUGUACCGGGUCCAAAAUUAAUUAUUAUGACUAAAUAUAAAAUAUUCCUUUAAUUUCUAAAGCUUAGAAUCUCUACUUUCUGCAGAUAUGCAUCACUUUGAGAUAUAUUUUACUGUAAGAAAGUUAUUUACACUUAAUUUACGCUAUCACCCGCACAUAUUUUUUUAUAUCAUUUAAUAUUCACAUAUUUCAUAUUUAUCAAGUAUGACAAACAUGGGCAAGUCUUAUAUCAAAUGAAAGCUCUCACUCUCUGGAAUAAGGCUACAAUCAUCGAAUGAAUAAUGAGGUAAAAAAAAGGGGCUUUUGUAAACGUAUGUGAAACUUGAGCGUGAACUGCCUCAGAUAGCACAGAUAACCACAAAUACACCAUCUUUUGUCUUAGGUCCUACUUUAAAAAAUGAGUUCAUUCACAGCAUUUUCUUUGGUUGUGUGCAUAAAUAAUCCCUUGAUAUUUAUUAUAUGUGCAAAACAAAAAAGUAUUUUAUAUGAAAAAUGUAUUUUCACACCCUUCAGUAAAAUAAGAAUAACUUUUGAAUUGGACAUGCUAAAGAGUUCAUUCUUUUUUUGGGUGUUUACUGUCUGCUGCUGUUAACAACCAGAACUGUCUGCAGUCUGCUAGAGCACACAGAACCAGAGUUAUUCACUUUCAAAACAGUGUUUACAACAUAAAAAAAGAAAAUUUGGUGUUUCAUCAUAUGAAAAACAACAUAAAAAACAAUAUUUGUCACAAACAGCAGCUUUUUAUGUAACUUCAAAGGGUUUUCUGUAAAAUGAUAUAAAGAAAUUGCAUUUAUUCCACUGUAUGUGGUUAUGGGGACACUUCAAAUGUUUUUAGGUGGAAAUUGUAUACAAAAAGGGUAUUAUUCCUCCCUUCAAUUGGAGUAAAAUAACUUUUGCAUAGAUUAUGAUAAAGAAAAAAAUCCCUUUUCUUCUGUAAGCUGACAAUUGCUGGAAUCAAACAAAACUGCCUGCAGGUUUCGUUACCACUCAGGGCCAGAGUUAUACACUUUUAAAUACAGACUUUAGAAAAAAAACAUCAAAAAGCGCCUAUUUAUUUUGUGUUUAUUAGAGGACUGAUAACACAUCCAACCAUGUUUUAGCACUUUCAACAGUGUUUUAUGAAAUUUCAAAAUGUUACCUCUGCAUGUGGGUAUGGGAAGCUUUUGAAAUUGGGUAGGCCAAAUCCAGGCGUAAAUCCAGAAAAUAGCCUCAGAGUGUAAGAAGCUUAGGCUACUUUUUCUAUUUAAAAUCAUCAUACAUAUUUAAAGGACAUCUAGUGAAAAUAUAACUUUGAUAUCUUUAAACUCGACCGAGUAAUGUCAUGCCAAAGCCUGAAAUAAAAUUUUGAGACAUAAGCCUGGAUUUCACAGGGUCACUUACAUAAAUUUGUUAACUAUUGCAAUCAUAUAAAGGUUUGCACUGAAGGUAUAGCAGCAGGUGGAUUUUCGUGGGAUUUCAGCAUCAUUGUGAGGUGAGAGGUGUGACUGCUCUGUGAUGUCACUGUGCAUAAUGUGAAAAAGCAAAGCUCAGUCAAGACGGAGGUCAAAGCUGUAUCCUGUCUGCAGCCCGGUGAGAGUUUGCAAUGGACACUGCCAAACCUGAGCAACAGUACUGUGAAAAUUACUCUGAAGGCACCGUCAGUUCAAGCGCAGAUGUUCAUAAUCACUCAAGGAAAGAUUCUGGGACAUCUGAGAACGCCAGGGUUGGACGAGCGAGAACAUACCAGUCACCGUCCCGUAGACGACACAGGACGACCUUCAGCAAUGAACAACUGGAACAGCUGGAGUUAUCUUUCAGACAGAACCACUAUCCUGAUAUCUACUACCGAGAGGAGCUGGCAAGAGCCACCAAACUAAAUGAAGCUCGCAUACAGGUUUGGUUCCAGAACCGGCGUGCCAAGCAGCGAAAGCAGGAUCGAAGCACCCAGAAAGCCCUGCCAGUUGGCAUGAUGCAAGGACGCAGGCCUCUCUUUGGCAGCGUUUGCGUGUCUGCCUCUGCCAUGGGACGGCAGUACCAGUGCCAUCACUCCCUGCCACACAUACCCAGAUUCUCUUCGGUGCUGCCCCCUGGAGGCUAUCCGGCCCAUUCGACCUCCAGCAAUCAUUUAUCUUGUUCACCAGGUCCUGCUUCUUCACAGGCCAGCAGACAGUCUGAUAACUGGUACAAUCAUCUCUGUAACAUCGGACCCAGCGGUCUGCCUCCUGCGUCAAUGCUGUCUCUGACCUCUGUAUCUGCACUGGAACCUGCUAGCCACUGGAACUAGAGAGAGGGUAGAGCUGCAUAGGGUUGAGUAGCUGUACACGUCUGGCUCUUUUGUGAGGAGUCAUUUAUUAUUUUUGUAUCUUUUAGAAGCUUUAGAAGAAAAAUUAAAAACGUUUUAAUUCAAAGGUUGAUUUUUGUCUUUAUUUUAGCUGCAAACACACAACAA